UCCCCGUACCACACACAGUGACGUUCCGUCUAUCGGUUGAUCGCAUCCACUGCGCGUUGCUAUUCGAAUAGACGGAACGUUUCUGGAUGUGUGUGUAAUGGAGGGGAAAAACGCUGGCAAACUCGAAAACGCACGAUUGCUUCAACCACGUUCAGCCAUAUUUGUCAUAUUCCGCCGCUGGUGUGUGAACAUCAGUUAGGUGGAAUCGUAUAUAUCUUGCUGAACAACCAACGAAACUUGUACGGAAGCAGGAUAUAAUAUGCAUGAGAGACCGAUAAAAGAAAAGUACAGUUGUCAUUACAAAGCAAAGGGGCACAUAUUCCACGUGGGACUCGCGACGCGUCGUGUCAUACGCGUGUGAUGUAGCAUAUACCGGCGAAAAGUUUGUUGUUAUUGAGACUCGAGUGGCCCCGCCAAAACUCUGUAGUGUCGCUGAACGUGACUCGUUGUCGUGUUGGCGAGAUUCGUGAACGUUAUCGCCGGAAUUUGCAUUGAGUUUACGAGUUACGCGCUGUGUGCGCGUCCUGACUGACGCGUGAAGCAGCUUCACUAGCUCUCAAUAUUUCGUCGGCGUGGACUUUAUCGUAUAAGCUCCUGGAACAAAUGUGAUUAUUAUUUUAUUUUUAUUACACGAUACAGAUCAAUUAAGAAAAAUGGUACCUCUAGGCCCAUCGCCGGGCCAUCAAGCGUCCGUUGGUAAUUCCACAGGUGCAGCCGCCAGUGGUACAAAAAGCAACACAAUAGUGAAGCCUAAUUAUACAUUAAAAUAUACUUUAGCUGGUCAUACCAAGGCAGUUUCAUCUGUAAAAUUUAGUCCAAAUGGAGAAUGGUUGGCAAGCUCCGCUGCGGAUAAACUUAUCAAAAUUUGGGGAUCCUACGAUGGAAAAUUUGAGAAGACCAUAUCCGGCCACAAACUUGGUAUUUCGGAUGUAGCAUGGUCUAGUGACAGUAGGUUGUUAGUAUCAGGCUCUGAUGAUAAAACUUUAAAAAUAUGGGAAUUGAGCUCUGGGAAAUGUUUAAAAACAUUGAAAGGACAUAGUAAUUACGUCUUCUGUUGUAAUUUUAACCCACAAUCCAACCUCAUAGUUUCUGGUUCUUUCGAUGAGAGUGUACGUAUUUGGGAUGUUAGGACAGGAAAAUGUCUUAAAACUUUACCAGCCCAUUCAGAUCCAGUGAGUGCAGUACAUUUCAAUAGGGAUGGUUCCUUAAUCGUGUCGAGUAGUUACGAUGGAUUAUGUCGAAUUUGGGACACGGCGUCAGGACAAUGCCUAAAAACAUUGAUCGACGACGAUAAUCCGCCAGUGUCGUUUGUUAAGUUUUCGCCGAAUGGGAAGUACAUCUUAGCAGCUACGUUAGAUAACACGUUGAAACUCUGGGACUAUAGUAAAGGGAAGUGCUUAAAAACCUACACUGGCCACAAGAACGAAAAAUAUUGCAUCUUUGCGAAUUUCUCUGUAACAGGUGGCAAGUGGAUCGUAUCCGGUUCUGAAGAUAACAUGGUGUACAUUUGGAAUCUACAGACGAAGGAGAUUGUACAGAAGCUACAAGGUCACACAGAUGUGGUACUUUGUACAACUUGUCACCCUACGGAUAAUAUCAUAGCUUCUGCGGCGCUUGAAAACGACAAAACCAUUAAACUUUGGAAAAGUGAUACAUAAUAAAGACUUGAAUAUUGUUCUCAUAUGA